AUGGCCCCAGCCCUCGACGUCUACGACGCCUCGUCCCAAGAAAACCGCGCCGUCGGAGCGCUCGGCAAAACCGUGUCCGGCAAGAAACUCCGGAUUCGAUCGUACCCGAAAUUCGAGUCGCUGGAGGAAGAGCGGUUGUAUCGCAAACAGCAUCUGGCGGCCGCGUUUCGUGUCUUUGCUGACAGGGGGUUCGAUGAGGGGGUCGCGGGACAUAUUAGUGUGCGGGAUCCGAUUUUGAGAGAUCAUUUCUGGCUCAACCCACUUUCCAUGCACUUUUCGCAAAUCUGCGUAUCGGACUUGAUCCUGGUCAACGAGGACGGCGAUGUCGUGAUCGGCGACGAACCGAUCAACGCCGCAGCGUUUGCGAUCCACUCGGAAAUCCACAAAGCUCGACCUGACGUCGACGCCGCCUGUCACGCCCACAGCGUGUACGGCAAGGCAUUUUCAGUCUUUGGUCGCGAACUCGACAUGAUGACGCAGGAUGCGCUGCGCUUCUACAAGUCGCAUGCGGUCUAUGACAAUUUUGGAGGGGUGGUUCUGGAUCGUGAGGAAGGCAAACGAAUCGCCAAGGCGCUGGGCAACGGCAAGGCCGUUAUCCUUCAGAACCAUGGACUGCUGACGUGCGCGAAGACGGUGGACGCCGCGGCGUUCUGGUUCAUCAGUCUCGAUAAGACGUGUCAUGCGCAGUUGUUGGCCGAUGCAGCCAGUGCUGGCUCGGGACAUAAAAAGAUCUUGAUCUCCGAUGAAGAGGCUGAGUUCUCGUACUCCCAGGUCGGGACGGAUGAGAAGGGCUGGCUGGCGUUUCAGGGGUAUUAUGACGAGCAGCUUGCUAAGACGAAUGGGUCGUUUUUGAAGUAA